AUGUGGAGUUUUAGGGGGUGGGGAGGCUCCAGCCAGCAGGAGGAGCAGGCACAGAACGAUGUACAGCAGCAGCAGGAGCAGCCGCAGGAAGAAGAAGAGGAGGAGGAGGACGAGGACGACGAGUACGAGGAGGACGAGGACCCGGAAGAGACUCAUUUCAUCGAGAGAAUGCUUGCGGACAUGGAUAAUUUCGGGAUUUCUUUUUCUCAGUUGGACCAACGCAACGAGCGCGACGCGCUAAGGUUGCUAGGGUGGGCCUGCAAGAGCAAGGCAGCUCCAGAUGUCAUCAACAAGAUUGGCGAACGGUGCACUGACCUCUCGGCUAGGUCGCUAUUCGGACUUCCGGCCCUCCAAAUUGCGGUUCAAAACGCACAUCUUCCUGGGGUGAAAGAGAUGCUCCGUAUGGGGGUGGACGUCAAUAGUAUGUCGGGCGAGCACAUCAUGUCCACAGCUCUUCAUGAGGCGGUGGGAUCGCGGAGCUUGGCUCUUGUGAAACCGCUGUUGACGCAAGACGAACUUGAGGUUGACGUCCUCAACCGCGCUGGACAGACCCCCCUCUACCUGUGCGUGGGAAAGGCUAUUGAACCCGACGAAGAGGACAUCGAAAUUGUCUAUGCCGACAUGGCGGUGGCGCUGAUAAAUAGAGGCGCAGAUGUGAACAAGGGGAGCCCUGAUGAUCCAAACGAGACGCCCUUGAUACUCGCUCUUCGAAGCCAGAAGUGCAUGAUCUUGGCGCAGAUGCUGAAAUUGGGCGAGAAGCCGCCGGCGCCGGUUGUCGAGAUGUGCAUGAAACAUCUCGAAGGCAGCAAGGGAAACGAGGUCGUGCUCGAGCUGCUCGUCAACGCAGGUUGGGGCCGUAGUGCUCCAGACGAUGCGAGGACGGAAACUGCUGAGCGCUCGCGGGAUAUCAACGAGGUAUUGAGGGCGGUGCCGCCCACGGGUUCGGAGUACCCUUCUACUGGGAAUCCCGUCCCUGGCCAGACCUACACGUUACACGAUGCAGUCCGGAGCAAAAACCUGAGCGCGGUGGAAGGACUGCUUAGCACGGUUAGGAAUGUUAACGCCGUCGGCACUGAUGGAGGGACCGCGCUGCACUUGGCAGCCACAAUGGGCCGCGACGACAUCGUGGAAGCGUUGAUCCGGACCACGGGCAUCCUUGUGGACAAAGUUGACAACCACAAACGGACAGCCCUUUUCAGGGCGGUAUCGGCGAACCACGUUGAAGCCGUGAAGACCCUACUCAAGGCCGGCGCCUCUUGCAACGACAGGGAUCGUUUCGGAUAUACCCCCCUGCGACAGGCCGUCAAGAGGCCGGCCGGGGCGAUCAUGGAAGCUCUCCUAGAUGCGGGAGCGUCGCCGGGCCUGGGUGGCGAGCAGGGUUUCACGCCUCUCCACACCGCAUGCGAGUACGAUGCGCCUGGGACGGUGGAAGCCUUGCUCCGCGCCAAGGCUCUGCCGGGGCAUUGCUGGAACGAGUCGCUGCAAACUCCGCUUCUGGUGGCGUGCAAGCGAGGAAACCUCAGUGCGGUGCGGUUGCUUCUUCCCCACCUGUCGGAAAGGCAGGUCAACAUGCGCAGCAGCACUGAUUCGGGCGCAGAGACUCCGCUCUCGGCCGCCAUAACAUGCGAACCCCCGAAGAUGGAAAUAGUGGAUAUCGUGGAAGCGCUACUGAAGAACGGCGCAGAUCUGCACAUGCAGAAAUCAGGUAAUGGGGUGUCUGCGAUAUUCACGGCCCUCAUCCUAAAGCUGGAGGGCGUCGCGGUCGACCGCAUCGCCGCGCACCCCACGAUCGGCCCACGAGUGGUGCGAGCGCUUGUCGCCGGCGGAGCCGAUAUCAACGAUAUGACUUUCGCCUCCGCAUAUAGCCCUCUGCACGCGGCGUGCAUAGAAGGCGCCUGCGCGGAGGUGAUCCAGGAGCUAUUGGAUCUCGGGGCCGACGUGGACGUGCCGUGCGUCUCUGUCAGCUCCUUGGCCCCGCUCCACCUGGCCGCAGGUUUCGGGGGGAAUAUUGGAGCCAUCCGGCUCCUGAUGGGGCUACGAAACUCGGGAGGUCUCAAUGCCGUGGCUCCGCCGCCGAACGACAGAGCCACCAUUCUGUACCUGGCCGUUCAGAACAACAUGACGGAGGUGGUGAGGUUUCUUUUGGAAGAAGGAGCCGACAUGGACAUGAUGCCUAACGAAGAUGAUGGAACGCCGUCCAAGAGUUCCAUGAUCGAGUACGCUGCUUUUGCCGGAAGCCUCGACUCGAUGAACCUCCUCAUUCAGGCCAAAAUGUUCAGGGAAGAGGCGGAGGAGAAGCAGCGGAAGGAGAAAGCGGGUACCGCGGGGGCGUGA